ACUUUCUGCUGCUGGUGUGUUGUUACUUGUUAGUGUUUGUUUUAUGGUGUUUCCAAGCCGGCCUGUGAAAUUAUUACGUGAGAGUUUAAAAAUGCCAGGUUACAAACUUUAUUAUUUCGAUGUCCGAGGACGUGGCGAACUUUGUCGGCUAAUUUUGCACUGCGCCGGUGUUCCAUUCGAGGAUUUCCGCGAUAUUGAUUAUUUCAAAGACUGGCCUACGAUUAAAACCAGAAUGCCAUUUGGACAAGUUCCCGUGUUAGAAGUGGAUGGAGUAAAAAUGUUGGCUCAGUCGAUGACAAUCGCUCGCUACUUGGCCCGCCGACAUGGACUGGCCGGUCAAAACGACUGGGAACAGAGUCAAGCUGACAUGUAUUGCGAUUGCGUCUAUGAUUUGCAUAAUGCAACGGUGGAUGCUACGUGGGAAGAAGAUCCUGUAAAGCAAAAGGAUCUUUUCAAUAAAGUCAACCAAGAUACAAUUCAACCACACUUGGAGAAGGUUGAGCAACACCUUGUCAAGAAUGGUAGCGGUCAUCUGGUGGGCCAAGGGUUAACUUGGGCUGACAUCGCGUACUAUGCUUAUUUCACGACCCCCAUCAUGACGCGCUUGGGAGGUGAAGUCCUUACCAAGGCGCCUCAUCUCAAGAAACUAAUCGAGACGGUCGGCAACAAUCCCAACAUUCAAAAAUACGUCGAGACCCGUCCUGUUACAUCUGGAUAAAUACGCCAUAUCAGGCCUAUUGUUCCCAAAUUAUCACAUCCGCAUUAUUUCCAUACGUCAAUGUGAUACAUUUUAAGAUUACAA